AUGUCUCAUCUCGAAGGUUCAGAAUGCAUCGAAGCCUUAAUACCGUUUGUCAAAGUAUUUUCAUUUACAUGGUUCAAUUUACAAGCUGCAAAACGUCGAUAUCAGAAACAACACGAAACACCGAUGCCUGUCGAGAUGGAACGAGUGAUGAAGGAAGAUUUUAUGAAUCAACGUUAUGCGGAUAAGAUCAAAUGGACAGUUCGAAUAUUAGCAAAAUUACGGAAAGAUAUAAAACGUGAAUGUCGUGGUGAUCUUGUUAAAACGAUAGCCGAGGGAAAUAUUCAAAGUCCAUGUAUCAUAUCGAACGCUGAUACGAAAAAUAAAAUGCGUCGUAUUGAUUGUUUACGACAAGCUGAUAAAGUUUGGCGAUUGGAUGUUGUUAUGGUUGUACUAUUUCGGGGAAUUCCAUUGGAAAGUACCGAUGGUGAACGAUUAAGUAAAUGUAAAGAAUGUAAAAACCCAGCAUUAUGUAUUAAUCCAUAUCAUGUUGUUAUACAUGUAAAAGAACUUGAAGUUUAUCUUGUAAAUUUUAUAAAUAAUGCACAAUCGUCACCGGCGAACAUCAUUCCAAGUGUGUUUUCUACCAGUGAAUUACAACACAUGGCAACUAGUUCGAUUAGUGAAGGUGGCUCAACAAAAGAAGUGCUUGGCGCGGAUUAUUUAGGUUCAAUGUUAAAAAUGGAAACAGACGAUUAUGCGGACCCGCAGCCUAUGUCAGGUACACAACAGCCAGAUCUAUUGAAAAUGUGUCGAAAUAGAAAACCAAGUUUAUCCGGUAGCUCUCGUACUGCUAAACGCCGUCGCACAUUGAACAAUACAUGUUCCGCUGAUGAGAGUGAUAGUCAUGAUGUCAACGAAGGUCCAGUUUCCAGCUAUGAUGUAUACGAAUCUAAAAUGCCAUCAGCAAACAAUAGCGAACCUUCGACAUGUCGUAUAUCAUCAACCAACGAUUCAAAUGCAUAUACAAAUUUUCAACAACAAGACGAUAUUAAUAUUCUACCGAAAUCAGUCAUAGAACCGAAUAAAAUCGAGCCUGCAACACCGCGGCCUCCAUAUUCUCAAAUAGGUAUUCAUAAUCAUGUCUCAUUGAAUUUACAUUUUAACAAUCAACAACAACACCAACAACAGCAGCAACAACAACAACAACAACAGCAACCAAAAGCCUUAUCAACAACAAAUCAACAACCAUCAGAUUCAAAAAUUAUUUCCGAACGUUUCAUUGAAUCACUUGUACAACGUUUUAACGAUACUCAACAACAUCAGCGUACAUCGUCGCAUCCGCAUACGAUUGAAUAUUUUCAUCAAGAUCCUCAACCAGAACGAACAUCUAACAGUCAAAAGACUCCCAGUAAACUAUUUCCAAAGCCAUUAACAACCACUGCAAUAAAUAUUUUAUCGUCACGAGAAAGACCUAUUACAACCUCAUCGAAUUAUGACACUUCUUUUGUUCAUCCGCAGGCCAAUGAAUUUAAGGAUAAUAAAACAAAUUCAAAUAAUGAUAAUAAUAAUGCCAUGCGUUUAUCAUCGGCAGCUGAUCGAGUAUUACCAGCAUUUCACACAUUUGCAGAAUUGAAAAGUUAUCUACAAACUAUCGGAUUAGAUGUUGAAUUAGUACCAGCAUCAAAUACAACAGCAAUAGCGCCAGCGACAUCAACUAAUAUUCAUCAACAAACAAGAAAUGUUGAUCCUGUUCAACAGAGAUUAUCAACUAAUGAACAACAAUAUCAAGUUCGUUCAAACACGGUUAAUAUUGCACAAACAGCACAGCAACCACAAAUUGUUAUGCUGUCUAAUAAUGUUAGCAAUCGAAAUGCGCUUAACGAUGAUGGUAAAUGCAAUCGAUCAACUUCAAUAAGUGUACCACCGAACAUUCUUGCGGAAAAGCUGCUUGAGUAUGCAUCGAGUACAUCUGUUCGUCAUUCAAAUAUUCUAUCGCGUCCUUCGAAUUUAUCCUCUCAACAACGUCGUUCUCCAACGAAAGCACCCAUCGUUUCCGAUAUUGCUAAUCUUUUAUCCGUAUCAAAUAAUAAUAAUCCUAAAGACCAACCUAUUGUUCAACAAGUUACUCGCCAAACACUGCUUCCGCCUCCACCACCACCGCCUUCAUCUGCACCCACCACAGCUGUUUACCAUCGUUUAACAUCAGCCGAUAAAAUUUCAACUAUGGUCAAGCGUGAUCUCAUUCACGAUGAUGUUCAUUUGCAUGAUCGUGAAGUUGAAGAAUAUAUGAACAUGACAGCAACAGGUCGUGCAUCAAAACCUCGUAAAACCACGUCUCAAACAAUCAAUGAUUCAACAACAAAAUCCAUUGUUUUAGAAAGUGGUUCAGCUAGUAAUAGUAAUGAUAGUAAUGUUUCUUCGACAUCCUCGUCAUCUUCAAUAAAUAAUUCUACAAAUAAUAAUAACAAUAAUAAUAAUAAUAAUAAUAAUAAUAAUAAUAAUAAUAAUGUUGGUUUAACAAAUAGUAUUAAUAAAACGAAAAAUAAUUCGACAAUAUCAAGUCAAGAGUCACGCAAUAUAUGUGAUCUAUUAUUAUUAUUAUACGAACAAGAGCGUACACGUAGUACACAAUUACAAAAACAAAUUGAACAGGUUAGUCGACAGCAGCGUUCAAGAAAUUCAAGUGGACAAUCACAUUCAAGUGAAUCUCAGACUGGUCUAGAAACACCACAAGGUCCAGGUAAUGGAACUACGAAUUCAUCAAGAAUGUUAAGUCCAGCAACGUGGAUAUCAACAACAGGAAAAGACAAAACAUCUGUUCAUAGUCAACAAAAUCAUCAAACAUUAAAAUUUGAUUCGGCAACAUCAAUUAAUGGUUCACCACCUGAAUCACAAGAUUGUUCACCGCCUGAUCCAAAUAAAAGUGGUUUAAGUCCAACGAAAGUUGUACAAUUUUCACAAUCAAUUGGUUCAGCACAAAAUCUCAUUCCACGUCCAGUACCGAUGUUAGCAACAAAUGAUGGUCUCGUACGACAUACAUCGUCGACAUCGUCGUCACAUGCGGCUACACCAACUGGAUCGACUAGUUCAUCAAAUAAUGGUGUUCUCUAUACGCCUGGCAAUCGUAUUUUUCAAAGUCCACUCGGACAGGCAUUUGCGGCAUUAAGUCCCGCUCUAAGUCCAUUUUUAUCGCCUUCAACUAGUCGUGCUGGUACACCAAGUGAAUUAGUGAUAAUUCCGGCUGAUUUACUCAAUGUACUAAAUAGUCGUAUUUGGAGUGAAGACGAAUUAUUGCAAGCUUUUGUUAAUCAUUUGGAUUCUGGUGGCUCAGGCCGUCGAUCACGAGUUAAUAACGAAGAACCCAAACAGCAAGGAAAAUCAACAAAUAUAGGAAAUAAUAAUAAUAAUAAUGGCAAUGGUAAUGGUAGUGGUAAAACAAAAAAUAUUGAAAAAUAA